CUCAAGAUGAAACGUCGUGCGGACAAGCAGAUCACUCAGAAUGAUAUGGAUGAUGAAGGAGAUCAGGAGGAGAAUCCGGGCACUAGCUUUCGACGGGCUCAACAGAGCGACCUGCAAAAUCGACCUAUCAAAGGUAUCCCAAAGCGUUUUCAGGCUACGGAAAUCCCUGUUUUACCUGGUGCCAUCAAUCUCAGCGUGGACAGCAGAGGCGCAAUACCACAUAUAUUGCCAAGCGCGACCCAGUCUACAAAUUCUCCCUCCCAAACGCUCUUCGGUGCUGCACCCUUACCCCCUGUUCCGGCGACUACGUCGAACCUGGUUGAACCUCCAGCAUUCGUUGAUAUGCGCACGGAUGCUGUCCAAUCUAGUAGGGACGUCUCACACUCGAUGAAUCGACCUGGUUCUCCUGCUUGGCCCACCAGGGCGGCCCGCGAAGAAUUUGAAACGAGCGAUGCUUCCCUAAAGUACGACAUUGUGAGGCAAGGGCUUAACGUGUCCUUAUUGCGAGCCGUGCAAGAACUGUUGAAGACAGAUCCUCUACAGAACUUGGCCGACGCUUUCCGGACUUUGCUCCCAACCUACGACGUUCAUAGGUCUGUCCUCGAUGCGAAGUACCGACCCAAAGAUAUCAGCAGUAUGUGGGACGUAGUUGCAAUGGAAACAGCCAGCACCGCAGCCCUCGCCCCGACGACGAAACUUCACACACCAACGCUGACAGGCACUGCACCCCCAACGGUGCCACCAUCGGCCACUUCCGUGUUUGGGGGGAAGGUGGCUUCGUUUACCCCAUCUUCUGCUGAAUCAUCAUCACUUUUCAAAGCUUCCUUUAGCUCCCCCGUUGCCCCUAUCGGUGCGGUCAACAUGUUCAGUUCUGUGAAAUUGUCGACGCUUGCAGCUGAACGACCCAUGUGCUCACAAGGCGACAAAGUUCCUCCCCCCAACUCUACAACCACUGUGUCGUUCGAGCAGAAGAAAACUCAGGAACCAGCCACUAUGCUCUCCAAAGAAACCUCGGGGUCUGCUCUCAUGGAAUCUUUUGGCGAUUCUGUUAAACCGAAGGUUCCAAGUUCCCUUGCCGGUCAUUCCAUCAUGUCCGCCUCCUCAAUCCCUACUUCCUCUUUUGGCCUUUCGGGGAUCUCUCUCAAGCCCCCGUCCCCAUUUGCAAGCAUGGAACCAAGUUCUCAUCAGGACGAAGCUGUCAUUUCUCCUUCAAUGCUGACCCAUCAAACCAAGCCAUCUGAUGCUUCCGCAACGUUAUUUGGCAGUGCAUUGACAGGAUCGAGUGGUUUUGGCUUCGGCAAACCUGGUACGACGUCAAGUACCGGGUUUUCGUUCGCUACCGGCCCACUUUCAUUUGCAAAAGCACCAGAGCUAGGCAACAUUAUCCAGGACAACAUCCAAUGCAAUGGUAACGCUACUACGAUUCUGUUCAAACCCUCGCCUGCGUCAACCGCCAUCGGUAUCCGGGACGUUACGCCCGAGCCGGAAGGAGAAGGGGAAGAGAACGAGGUUACACUCCAUGAAACGCGCUGCAAAUUAUACCAAUCCGUAGAAAAGUUGGAUGGAACAGGUGCUGAAUGGAGCGAUAAAGGUGUUGGCGCAAUCCGAUUGAAGCAAGAUAAAAACACCUCCAAGAAGCGGCUGUUGUUCCGACAGGAGGGUACAUCUCGCAUCCAACUCAACUUUUACAUCUAUGAUACACUUGAAGCGACAGUUGAGAAAAGGGUUGUUUCUUUUACCGGUCUUGACAGUGGCAAGCCAUCCGCCUUUAAAAUGCGUUGCAAAUCGGAGGAGGAUGCGAUCUCAUUCAAGAACAGUCUGGAGCAAGCGGUGGAAGCACUGAUGAAUGUUGCACCCAGUGCUCAGCAUGAAUUUCCUGAGAAGGCCCCAAAUUCUUUCCCAAGCAUUGAGGAAGUACCAGUUGCUGAAAAGACAGAAAACGCCGUAACGACGACUAUUACAACAGGUCUGCUGGCUGCGCAUGAUGCUGAAGAGGCGAAGACUGAUGAAGGCCUGGAGAACCGGCCCGCCCAAGGAGGUGAAGAUGAGGAGGGCACAAAUGAGCACGACAGUCAAUACGAGGGGGAUGAUGUAAAUGGCGAAGACGGAGAGGAAGAUUAUGAGAUAGAGUAUGACCAGGGUGAGUAUGGGUAUGAGGAUGAGGAUGGUGAAGGUGAAGAGCAUUAUGAACGAGAGGAUGACGGUCCCUAUGAGGAAGAGGGCGAUGAACAUAAUGGGGAGGAUGGUGACGCAGAAGGGGACGAGGAGGAGGACCAGCUGGCGGAGGAGAGCGCCCCGGCUCACACUGGCGACCCUGAAGUUGUCGAACUUCUAUCCGAUGACGACGAAGCGUAGGAUACAUGGGAUACAUAAGAUCUUUGUCGAAACUCACAU